AUGUUUCUUAAAAGUAUAGACCUCACCACCGCACUUCGCCCUUCGUAUCUCCCCGAUGAAGUGCUCCUCUUUGUCCAGGACAAUGUUGGCCUCUAUGAGGGGAAAUACAAACUUCCCAAUCAUCAGAAUGGCCAGGUCUAUCUAACGUCUCAUCGAAUAUGCUACGUAGAUAGGGAUCAGCCACGGAAAUACUCGGUUGCCUUGGAACUGAAAGAGGUUGAGCGCUAUGAGUUCUACUCGGAGUUCGACACUGUCAGCUUUGAACGCAGCGACCCCGACCCUGUCUCCCCGGCCGAUACCUUCAAGUCCAAAACCAACGGCUCCUGUGCUCAAUCACCGUUCCUCGAAUGCCGGCGCAAGAGGUCCAGCUGCCGACACUGGACGGAGUCACCGGGACCGGUGCUAGUUAAUGGGCCUUCGAAGUCCGACACGUUGAAUCGCAUCAAAGUGUCCUUCCGCGGCGGCGGUGAGAAGAUAUUCUACGAGCGAUUAAAAGGAGCCAUGACCCAAAGAAAAUGGCUCUUGCAUGGAGCGCCCCCGAUUCCGAAGGGCACUCGAGGCGGAGACGAGACCACUUUGACAGCUAGACCUGGACCGGGAGCUGAUGGAAGGCCCGUGACCAAAGCGGCGGGCAUCGCGGCACUCGAACAAAGGGGACUGGAUAUGCGAAAGAAUAACGAGCUUGUGAUUGGCGAUGCGUUUGAGGACCUCGAGUCCCUGAUGGCAUCCGCCAAGGAGGUCGUGGCGCUGGCGGAGCAAUUCGCGAGGCAGGUUAACGGCACGGGCGGCGGCGCCGCUCUCGAAGCCAGUGCUCUCGUAAAUCAGCUAGGCCUUGUGACAACCAAGGACAUCGUCGGCGGAAGCAGUUCCGAAUCCUUAUAUCUCUCCGAACUCGCCCGCAACCUCGCCGAGUUCUUGACGGAUGAUUCCCGCGGCGUGCUGAAGAAAGCGGGAGGAAUCAUCAGCCUUGUCGAUCUCUGGGCCACAUUCAAUAGGGCGCGAGGGGGCGUCGAGCUGGUUAGUCCCCGCGACUUUGAAAAGGCGGCGAGAAUGUGGGAGACGCUCAAGCUGCCGGUGAGGCUGAGGACAUUCAAGAGCGGCGUCAUGGUGGUCCAGAGCCACGAUCGUACUGACGAGACUACUAUCGCGGCCAUAUUAGAGUGGGUGCAAGACUUGCACGAGUUUCCUCCGGAGAAGGAGGUGUCGUGGGAUUGGCAUCAGUUCGGCGUCGGUGUUACGGCGCAGGAUGCGGCCCAGCGCUUCGGUUGGAGCCUUGGGGUGGCUGAGGAGGAGCUCGAAAUGGCGGAGGAGAAGGGGGCGCUCUGCCGAGAAGAGGGCAUAGAGGGUCUGAAGUAUUGGAAGAACUACAUCGAUACUGGUGAUAUAAAACUUCCAGAUCCUGAAGAGGACAUGGCCAAACAGUUCGAGAGAGCCCUACGAGAAAGCGGUAUCCUAUAG